UGCGGCCAACCCCUUGUCUCAGCCCAACGUUUCAGAUAACUAAACUGAAAGAACACUUUUUUCUUGUAAGUUGAACGAAUCCCCAGUUUUAGAGAGCCGUGUGCUUUCCCCCUCCUCCUCCCCCCAAACUCCCUUCAAUUACGGGCUUUAAUGGUUUGAAAAGAUAAUUCCGUCUUCUGGUUUGGGGGAGGAGUUUUCUGUUUUUGUUUUGGACCAGUUUUUAGUCAGAAAAAAAAGAAAAUCACAGAGGAUUGUUUAAAAAAGAGUGGAGGAAAACGGAGCUUUUGAGCGGUAGUGUAAAGAGCGCGAGAGAGCGAGAGAGAGAGCGAGCGAGACAAGGGAAGCAAACAAACAAAAGGCUUCCGACAAGUCUCGUUGUUGAGAGCGAAACCAACGUACGGGAAAGGCCCCCAACAAAACUCGAUUGCAGAGACGACAAGAAGGAAUUGUCACACGAGAGCGAUCUUUGGUCGGAAGGAAAACCCCAGCAAGAGCAAAGCAAGCAGAGUCCAAACAGCUGAAACCACAGAAACUUUCCAACAAGAAGAAGGUCUCUUUUUUCAGCUACCGCACGCACGCGCGCUCUCGCACUUGUUCUCCUUCCCUCCGUUUUAUUUUAUUUGUUCAAAGUAAUCGACCCCCCGUCAUCGAACUUUUUACCACGGAGUGCUCCGCCAGAGGUACCAUAAGAAGACGGAACAAUCCAUCGUCUGCCUCAUCGCACACUUUUCCCUCCCAUUGACUUGUACCAUCGCUGGUCACUUAAAAAAACCUUCCAACCUCAUACUCGUCGUUUGAAAAAGAAAAAGAAAACCAAAAAACCCCUUCAACCUCAAAUGGCAAAUGCGAUGGCUCCACUGUCUCCACCUUCGCCUCAAUCCUAUACAACAACAACAACAACAUCUCCCCGCUCUCGUUUACGGAAUCACAGCAACUUGAAAAUCAGUCUUCCCUGCUCUCUUGCCGGUCAUCAAACCGAAUUGAACACACCGUCGUACACCACACCGUCUCCGACUCCGACCCCAUCUUCUACGGAAUCUCACCUAGCCCUCGGAUCCAUCACGCCCCCCGUUGAAGCAACAGAUAAUGGCUUUGAAGUCGAACUCUACGACCAAGGCCCUGCACUCAUUUUACCCGGGCUAUACCUUGGGUCCCACUACACAUCGCAAUCCCAGAGCACUCUUGCUCAACUCGGUAUCAAAGCGGUCCUCAACGUUGCUGAGGAGCUCGCCCCGCAAAUAAUACCACCGUCUACACCCAGCACAACAGUCUCCAUGUACCCACCCUCACCAUCUACACCAACCGAAAGUACCUAUCUCCACCUUCCGCUCUCGCACAUCCCAGACACACUUGCCCCGCACAUCCCCACCGCUAUCAAAUUCAUAAACCAAGCCAUAACGCAAGGCCACCCAGUGCUUGUUCACUGCUCCCAAGGCGUUUCCAGAUCAGCAGCAAUUGUCAUUGCCUAUGUCAUGUGGGAGCGCGGAUGGAAUGUCCGUGACGCGUAUAUCUGGGUCAAAGAACGGGCCAACGGGAUAUGUCCAAGUGUCGGGUUUGUGGGUGUUUUGGUAGAGUGGGAACGGACUGGAAUGGCCAUAUAAGACCAUUUAUUCAUAUUUGGAUUCUAUGAGCUUACCAAAACGUUUUUUAUUUGUAUAUACAUUUUGCACUUUCCCUUUUUUUUUGUAAAUAGUUUGGGGGAGCGGACAAUCGAGUUUGUAGGGUUGGUUUGGAUGAUAAUACCAUUUGAUGGACACGUACGCCAUCUUUUUUUUAAACAGC